UUAUUAGAUUACUAUGGCCAAGCGGCUUACAAAUGUUUAACCCUUGUGGAGCCUCUGGAAUGUAGUGAUUUUGGUUUCUCUUAACCUGCUCGUCCAUGUAUGGUUGGGCCUUGGCCCUUCACUUGUCAAGGACCAUCAGUGGAUGCUUAAUUGCUGAAGAUGCGUGGAUUGUUCAGUGCCAGGCCACUGUAAUGCUUCUACCUGGAGAAGGAUGGGUUACACUGCUCCAGUACAGAAGUACUGGGGUGUGGUUUUUUUUUUUUUUUUUUUUUUUUUUGUUGUUGUUGUUGUUGUUUUUUUUCAGAAGGAGUCUCACUCUUAUUGCCCAGGCUGGAGUGCUAUGGCAUGAUCUCAGCUCACUGCAACCUCCACCUCCCAGGUUCAAGUGAUUCUCCUGCGUCAGCCUCCCAAGUAGUUGGGAUUACAGCAUCUCACCACCAUGCCCAGCUAAUUUUUGUAUUUUUAGUAGAGAUGGGUUUUCACCAUGUUGGCCAGGCUGGUCUUGAACUCCUGACCUCAGGUGAUCACCUACCUUGGCCUUCCAAAGUACUGAGAUUAUAGGCAUGAGCCACCACGCCUGGGCUUUUUUUUUUUUAAAAAAACAAUAGUCUAUGACCUGUUGAAAGUACUAGAGUCUUGACUAAACACUCUAGUUUAGAAAUAUUGCUUCCAACUUCUUUUUUGCCUUGCCAUUUUGGCAUUUUGCAAAAGUGCGUUUUCAGUUACUCAGAAUUGGGCACUAUGGUUCAUCAGCUAUGGAUAACGGGUAUAUAGGGGCUUGAGAUAAACUUUUUGAUCAGUCCCAGGUUUUAGAGAAGUCCAAGUUAGGGUGAAUAUUGACUUAACAGACUUGAGUAUUCUUUCUGAAAUUGCCCUUCCUCUCCAUUUAAAUGGAUGAAAUUAGUUUUUUACUGAAUGUGAAGGGAUGUCUGAAUGAACUUCCACUUGUUUUUGUUAGUCACUUGUGCAUAGCUGGAAUACUGUCUUGGGACAGGUUGAGGCGUUAUUUCUCAGUGGCUUCUAUAUUUUCUAAGGGUGGACUGGAAUGGGAAGAAGUCUAAUGCCAAGAAUGCAUUCCAACAUGCUGCAGAGUAGGAAAUUUGAUCCCUAAAAUGUUGACUUAGUGUUGGUUAUGGUACAUAUUAGAAAUCAACCAGUAAUCCAGGACAGAUUUUUGUCACCCUCCAGGAAGUUACGUUGAUAUUAAAUACUAAGGGGCUUUGGGUACUGAGCUAAGUGCUCUGCAGGCCCAGAGCAUUGCUUGACUUGCUACCCAUAUGAAGAGGAAAUGUGCCAUGUGCCUGUUUUUUUCUCUCUCUUUUGCAUUUGAGCUUCCUUAUGGCUUUGUUGCUUUUAUGUUCCCAAGUCUGCAAAGUUAGAUAUUAGACUUCCUCCUCCCUUGGCACUGGCACAUUCAUGAUUUUCCAUGGCUCAACACCAGCAGCCAAGAUUCUUGUAUGCUUUUCUCUCUUAAACUUGUUCGUUUUCAGCUUGCUUGUUUAUAGGCUUCUCUGUUAAAAGGAAUCCUCUUUCCCCUUAAGAUCUAGCACCAGGGGAGUUUGGGAGUUGGUGUGAUAUCAGUCAUUUAAAAGCUCACUUGCUGUGUGCUUGGUGUUUUUAUUUUGCCUUAUGUUUCCUUCAGGUCACAACGUGCUUGUCUGCUUGUUGGGCUUAGGUGAGUUUGGGCCCAGCUGUUUACUCUCAACUGCCCUGUACUUUGACUUUAAGAAGAGUGUGAGUUCAGCCACGUGGUAGAGGAUUAAAGGCUACAUAGCGCUGGGUGCUUCCUUUUGGAGGAAACAGAUAUAUCUUUGGGCUCUUGUUGCCCAGUGAUUUCUCAUGUCUGGGGUAGACAUUAUUGCUUUCUAUUGUCCUUAGAGAACAGGGUAGAAAUGCUGGGAAUUAGUUUAUUACUGUGUCUUCUCUGGCAAAUACGUAUGUCUUUUUCUCUUGCCCUUUGGACAACAUUCUGUUCUGGUUCUAAGGUGUUGGGAGUUCACAGGUUGAUCUAGCAUUGUGUGAAACUCUUGGUAAUUUAGGUUUGGAUAACCUUUUAGUCUCCAGAUUUCUUUUUUUUCCUUUUCUUUUUUUUUUAUUAUUUUUUUAAGAAGGGAUUUCACCAUGUGGGUCAGGCUGGUCUUGAACACCCGACCUUAGGUGAUCUGCCCGCCUUUGCCUCCAAAGUGCUUGGAUUACAGGCGUGAGCCACUAUGCCCGGCCUCCUUUUGUUUUCUUUUUUAGCUAACUUGAACACUAUUCCAAGGAGGUAGUCUCCAGAUUUCUAACAUUUUGCUUGUUUAGGAAUUUAAGCUGCUUAGGAGUACCAUAUUAGAAAGCUUUUGGGAAUAAUUCUAUAGGUAGUUUAUCUGUACCUGGGUCACAGAUCCUCACCAGGAUCCUGACUUUCUUUUUUUUUUUUUGAAACAGUCUCUGUCACCUGGGCUGGAGUGCAGUGGCACUAUUUCAGCUCACUGCAACCUCCACCUCCUGCGUUCAAGAGAUUCUCCUGCCUCAGCCUCCUGAGUAGGUGCCCACAACCGUGCCUAGCUAAUUUUUGUAUUUUUAGUAGAGACAGGGUUUCUCUUGGCCAGGCUGGUCUCAAACUCCUGACCUUGUGAUCCACCCACCUCAGCCUCCCAAAGUGCUGAGAUUACAGGCGUGAGCCACCGCACCUGGCCUAAUUUUUGUAUUUUCAGUAGAGAUGGGGUUUCACCAUGUUGGCCAGGCUGGUCUCAAACUCCUGACCUCAGGUAAUCUGCCCACUUUGGCUUCCCCAAGUGCUGGCAGUACAGGUGUGAGCCACUGCACCUGGCAAGGAUCCUGACUUUCAAAUGAUGGUCACCAUGUAUUUGAGCACUUCCUAUGUGCUAAGAACUAUAUGCUUGGUCAUAUUGAUGAAUUUCCUAAAUUAAUCUUCAAAACUGUAUGGGAGGUGGGUUCUAUUAUUAAUCUUCCUACUUUACCAAUGAGCAAAUAGAGUAAGACAAGAAAUUUGACCUAGUUAAAUAGUUAGUAAAACAUAGAGUUGGGUUUCCCUGACAAGGUAGACAAGGUUUGUCUGACUCUUCAAAGGUAUUAUACUCUGAAAUACUGAUUUUGCUUCUCCAAAUAAAUUACUUCGGCACCAAGAUUGCUUAGGACAUUAUUUUUGCAAUAGCCUAGAACUCUUUUUUUGUUUUUGAGAUGGAGUCUUGCUCUGUUGGCCAAGCUGGAGUGCAAUGGCAUGGGAUUGCCCUGCUAAUUUUUGUAUUUUUAGUCGAGAUGGGGUUUCACCAUGCUGGCCAGGCUGGUCUCGAACUCCUCGUGAUCCACCCUCCUUGGCCUCCCAAAGUGCUGGGAUUAUAGGUGUGAGCCACUGCGCCUGCCAAAGCACCUUGCCAGCCUGGAACUCUUAAAUGGGGUAAAAGACUGAGAAGCCUUUAGUUACAAUUUGACAUUGUGCCUAGAGCUCUCUCCUGUCAGUCCCUUCCAUCCCUUUGAUUUAGGGUUUUAUUGUUUUGGAUUUCUGAUGAAUGGCCAUGGCACUUGGUUUAUAGCUACCUAGUGAUUCCAGUGGUGAGAACUGGCAGCAUUUGGUCCUUGGGUCCCCUCCUUCUCAAGGAAUCUUUGGGGUUGGGAGUGAGAUUCAGGGUGUAAGAUAGAGUCCUUCCCUUUGAUCUGAGUGAAAGUGACUUGAAUUACAAAAAUAUGUGCACAGCGAUAUUACUUUUCCAGAAACAUGGAGCACUUGCUGAAAAGGCAGGGAUUAUUGUCUUAAUUUGCCACUUGGGGGAAAUGAACACAUAAAGUUUAGUGCCACGUACAAAGUUUCAUAGCAGAGUCAUCUCUAAAACCUAGGUUUAAAGUUUCCUUAGGGCAGUAUGACUUGAGGCAAGUCACUGAACUUCUCUGAAUCUGUAUUCUCAACCAUAUAAUGAGGAAAAAUAUCUACCUUGAAGCUAUAGUAAAUAUUAGAUAUGUGAAAGUACUAUUCGUUUAUCAAAUACAAUUCUAACAUGACUCCUGAUUGGUCAGUCCCACAGCUCUCUCUCCUACUCUGCAACAGUCCUUUUCAGAAGCAAGCCUCCAGGAGGAGUAGUAGUUGACAACACUACUCCUACCUCCUUCCUGUGCAUCUGCCAAUCUACCUCAUAUUCUCCACCCUUGGACCCAGCACCCCUGGAAUGCUACCACCUUGCUCCAGGCAGGAGGCCAGAAAGCCAUCCAGUCCAAUGGAUCAGAUGGGCAAGAUGAGACCUCAGCCAUAUGGCGGGACUAACCCAUACUCGCAGCAACAGGGACCUCCGUCAGGACCGCAGCAAGGACAUGGGUACCCAGGGCAGCCAUAUGGGUCCCAGACCCCGCAGCGGUACCCGAUGACCAUGCAGGGCCGGGCGCAGAGUGCCAUGGGCGGCCUCUCUUAUACACAGCAGAUUCCUCCUUAUGGACAACAAGGCCCCAGUGGGUAUGGUCAACAGGGCCAGACUCCAUAUUACAACCAGCAAAGUCCUCACCCUCAGCAGCAGCAGCCACCCUACUCCCAGCAACCACCAUCCCAGACCCCUCAUGGCCAACCUUCAUAUCAGCAGCAGCCGCAGUCUCAGCCACCACAGCUCCAGCCCUCUCAGCCUCCAUAUUCCCAGCAGCCAUCCCAGCCUCCACAUCAGCAGUCCCCGACUCCAUACCCCUCCCAGCAGUCCACGACACAGCAGCACCCCCAGAGCCAGCCCCCCUACUCACAGCCACAGGCUCAGUCUCCCUACCAGCAGCAGCAACCUCAGCAGCCAGCACCCUCGUCGCUCUCCCAGCAGGCUGCAUAUCCUCAGCCCCAGUCUCAGCAGUCCCAGCAAACUGCCUAUUCCCAGCAGCGCUUCCCUCCGCCACAGGAGCUAUCUCAAGAUUCAUUUGGGUCUCAGGCAUCCUCAGCCCCCUCGAUGACCUCCAGUAAGGGAGGGCAAGAAGAUAUGAACCUGAGCCUUCAGUCAAGACCCUCCAGCUUGCCUGAUCUAUCUGGUUCAAUAGAUGACCUCCCCAUGGGGACAGAAGGAGCUCUGAGUCCUGGAGUGAGCACAUCAGGGAUUUCCAGCAGCCAAGGAGAGCAGAGUAAUCCAGCUCAGUCUCCUUUCUCUCCUCAUACCUCCCCUCACCUGCCUGGCAUCCGAGGCCCCUCCCCGUCCCCUGUUGGCUCUCCCGCCAGUGUUGCUCAGUCUCGCUCAGGACCACUCUCGCCUGCUGCAGUGCCAGGCAACCAGAUGCCACCUCGGCCACCCAGUGGCCAGUCAGACAGCAUCAUGCAUCCUUCCAUGAACCAAUCAAGCAUUGCCCAAGAUCGAGGUUAUAUGCAGAGGAACCCCCAGAUGCCACAGUACAGUUCCCCCCAGCCUGGCUCAGCCUUAUCUCCGCGUCAGCCUUCUGGUGGACAGAUUCACACAGGCAUGGGCUCCUACCAGCAGAACUCCAUGGGGAGCUAUGGUCCCCAGGGGGGUCAAUAUGGCCCACAAGGUGGCUACCCCAGGCAGCCAAACUAUAAUGCCUUGCCCAAUGCCAACUACCCCAGUGCAGGCAUGGCUGGAGGCAUAAACCCCAUGGGUGCCGGAGGUCAGAUGCAUGGACAGCCUGGCAUCCCACCUUACGGCACACUCCCUCCAGGGAGGAUGAGUCAUGCCUCCAUGGGCAACCGCCCUUAUGGCCCUAACAUGGCCAAUAUGCCACCUCAGGUUGGGUCAGGGAUGUGUCCCCCACCAGGGGGCAUGAAUCGGAAAACCCAAGAAACUGUUGCCAUGCAUGUUGCUGCCAACUCCAUCCAAAACAGGCCACCAGGCUACCCCAAUAUGAAUCAAGGGGGCAUGAUAGCAACUGGGCCUCCUUAUGGACAAGGGAUUAAUAGUAUGGCUGGCAUGAUCAACCCUCAGGGACCCCCAUAUUCCAUGGGUGGAACCAUGGCCAACAAUUCUGCAGGGAUGGCAGCCAGCCCAGAGAUGAUGGGCCUUGGGGAUGUCAAGUUAACUCCAGCCACCAAAAUGAACAACAAGGCAGAUGGGACACCCAAGACAGAAUCCAAAUCCAAGAAAUCCAGUUCUUCUACUACAACCAAUGAGAAGAUCACCAAGUUGUAUGAGCUGGGUGGUGAGCCUGAGAGGAAGAUGUGGGUGGACCGUUAUCUGGCCUUCACUGAGGAGAAGGCCAUGGGCAUGACAAAUCUGCCUGCUGUGGGUAGGAAACCUCUGGACCUCUAUCGCCUCUAUGUGUCUGUGAAGGAGAUUGGUGGAUUGACUCAGGUCAACAAGAACAAAAAAUGGCGGGAACUUGCAACAAACCUCAAUGUGGGCACAUCAAGCAGUGCUGCCAGCUCCUUGAAAAAGCAGUAUAUCCAGUGUCUCUAUGCCUUUGAGUGCAAGAUUGAACGGGGAGAAGAUCCUCCCCCAGACAUCUUUGCAGCUGCCGAUUCCAAGAAGUCCCAGCCCAAGAUCCAGCCUCCCUCUCCUGCGGGAUCAGGAUCUAUGCAGGGGCCCCAGACUCCUCAGUCAACCAGCAGUUCCAUGGCAGAAGGAGGAGACUUAAAGCCACCAACUCCAGCAUCCACACCACACAGUCAGAUCCCUCCCUUGCCAGGCAUGAGCAGGAGCAAUUCGGUUGGGAUCCAGGAUGCCUUUAAUGAUGGAAGUGACUCCACAUUCCAGAAGCGGAAUUCCAUGACUCCAAACCCUGGGUAUCAGCCCAGUAUGAAUACCUCUGACAUGAUGGGGCGCAUGUCCUAUGAGCCAAAUAAGGAUCCUUAUGGCAGCAUGAGGAAAGCUCCAGGGAGUGAUCCCUUCAUGUCCUCAGGGCAGGGCCCCAACGGCGGGAUGGGUGACCCCUACAGCCGUGCUGCCGGCCCUGGUCUUGGAAAUGUGGCAAUGGGACCACGACAGCACUAUCCCUAUGGAGGUCCUUAUGACAGAGUGAGGACGGAGCCUGGAAUAGGGCCUGAGGGAAACAUGGGCACUGGGGCCCCACAACCGAAUCUCAUGCCUUCUAACCCAGACUCGGGGAUGUAUUCUCCUAGCCGCUACCCCCCACAGCAGCAGCAGCAGCAGCAACGACAUGAUUCCUAUGGCAAUCAGUUUUCCACCCAAGGCACCCCUUCUGGCAGCCCCUUCCCCAGCCAACAGACCACAAUGUAUCCACAGCAGCAGCAGAAUUACAAGCGGCCAAUGGAUGGCACAUAUGGCCCUCCUGCUAAGCGGCAUGAAGGGGAGAUGUACAGUGUGCCAUACAGCACUGGGCAGGGGCAGCCUCAGCAGCAGCAGUUGCCCCCAGCCCAGCCCCAGCCUGCCAGCCAGCAACAAGCUGCCCAGCCUUCCCCUCAGCAAGAUGUAUACAACCAGUAUGGCAAUGCCUAUCCUGCCACUGCCACUGCUGCUACUGAGCGCCGACCAGCAGGCGGCCCCCAGAACCAAUUUCCAUUCCAGUUUGGCCGAGACCGUGUCUCUGCACCCCCUGGCACCAGUGCCCAGCAAAACAUGCCACCGCAAAUGAUGGGCGGCCCCAUACAGGCAUCAGCUGAGGUUGCUCAGCAAGGCACUAUGUGGCAGGGGCGUAAUGACAUGACCUAUAAUUAUGCCAACAGGCAGAGCACGGGCUCUGCCCCCCAGGGCCCCGCCUAUCAUGGCGUGAACCGAACAGAUGAAAUGCUGCACACAGAUCAGAGGGCCAAUCAUGAAGGCCCAUGGCCUUCGCAUGGCACACGCCAGCCCCCAUAUGGUUCCUCUGCUCCCGUGCCCCCCAUGACAAGGCCCCCUCCAUCUAACUACCAGCCCCCACCAAGCAUGCAGAAUCACAUUCCUCAGGUAUCAAGCCCUGCUCCCCUGCCCCGGCCAAUGGAGAACCGUACCUCUCCUAGCAAGUCUCCAUUCCUGCACUCUGGGAUGAAAAUGCAGAAGGCAGGUCCCCCAGUGCCUGCCUCACACAUAGCACCUGCCCCUGUGCAGCCCCCCAUGAUUCGGCGGGAUAUCACCUUCCCACCUGGCUCUGUUGAAGCCACACAGCCUGUGUUGAAGCAGAGGAGGCGGCUCACAAUGAAAGACAUUGGAACCCCGGAGGCAUGGCGGGUAAUGAUGUCCCUCAAGUCUGGUCUCCUGGCUGAGAGCACAUGGGCAUUAGAUACCAUUAACAUCUUGCUAUAUGAUGACAACAGCAUCAUGACCUUCAACCUCAGUCAGCUCCCAGGGUUGCUAGAGCUCCUUGUAGAAUAUUUCCGACGAUGCCUGAUUGAGAUCUUUGGCAUUUUAAAGGAGUAUGAGGUGGGUGACCCAGGACAGAGGACGCUACUGGAUCCUGGGAAUUUCAGCAAGGUGUCUAGUCCAGCUCCCAUGGAGGGUGGGGAAGAAGAAGAAGAACUUCUAGGUCCUAAACUAGAAGAGGAAGAAGAAGAAGAAGUAGUUGAAAAUGAUGAGGAGAUAGCCUUUUCAGGCAAGGACAAGCCAGCUUCAGAGAAUAGUGAGGAGAAGCUGGUCAGUAAGUUUGACAAGCUUCCAGUAAAGAUCAUACAGAAGAAUGACCCAUUUGUGGUGGACUGCUCAGAUAAGCUUGGGCGUGUGCAGGAGUUUGACAGUGGCCUGCUGCACUGGCGGAUUGGUGGUGGGGACACCACUGAGCAUAUCCAGACCCACUUUGAGAGCAAGACAGAGCUGAUGCCUUCCCGGCCUCAUGCACCCUGCCCACCAGCUCCCCGGAAGCAUGUGACAACAGGAGAGGGUACGCCAGGGACAACAGACCAGGAGGGGCCCCCACCUGAUGGACCUCCAGAAAAACGGAUCACAGCGACUAUGGAUGACAUGUUGUCUACCCGGUCUAGCACCUUGACUGAGGAUGGAGCUAAGAGUUCAGAGGCCAUCAAGGAGAGCAGCAAGUUUCCAUUUGGCAUUAGCCCAGCCCAGAGCCACCGGAACAUCAAGAUCCUAGAGGACGAACCCCACAGUAAGGAUGAGACCCCACUGUGUACCCUUCUGGACUGGCAGGAUUCUCUUGCCAAGCGCUGCGUCUGUGUCUCCAAUACCAUUCGAAGCCUGUCAUUUGUGCCAGGCAAUGACUUUGAGAUGUCCAAACACCCAGGGCUGCUGCUUAUCCUGGGCAAGCUGAUCUUGCUGCACCACAAGCACCCAGAACGGAAGCAGGCACCACUAACUUAUGAGAAGGAGGAGGAACAGGACCAAGGGGUGAGCUGCAACAAAGUGGAGUGGUGGUGGGACUGCUUGGAGAUGCUCCGGGAAAACACCUUGGUUACACUCGCCAACAUCUCGGGGCAGUUGGACCUAUCCCCAUACCCUGAGAGCAUUUGCCUGCCUGUCCUGGACGGACUCCUACACUGGGCAGUUUGCCCUUCAGCUGAAGCCCAGGACCCCUUCUCUACCCUGGGCCCCAAUGCCGUCCUUUCCCCGCAGAGACUGGUCUUGGAAACCCUCAGCAAGCUCAGCAUCCAGGACAACAAUGUGGACCUGAUACUGGCCACACCUCCCUUCAGCCGCCUGGAGAAGUUGUAUAGCACUAUGGUGCGCUUCCUCAGUGACCGAAAGAACCCGGUGUGCCGGGAGAUGGCUGUGGUACUGCUGGCCAACCUGGCUCAGGGGGACAGCCUGGCAGCCCGCGCCAUUGCAGUGCAGAAGGGCAGUAUCGGCAACCUCCUGGGCUUCCUAGAGGACAGCCUUGCCGCCACACAGUUCCAGCAGAGCCAGGCCAGCCUCCUCCACAUGCAGAACCCACCCUUUGAGCCAACUAGUGUGGACAUGAUGCGGCGGGCUGCCCGCGCACUGCUUGCCCUGGCCAAGGUGGAUGAGAACCACUCAGAGUUUACUCUGUACGAAUCACGGCUGUUGGACAUCUCAGUAUCACCAUUGAUGAACUCACUGGUUUCACAAGUCAUUUGUGAUGUACUGUUUUUGAUUGGCCAGUCAUGACAGCCGUGGGACACCUCCCCCCCCUCCCCGUGUGUGUGUGCGUGUGUGGAGAACUUAGAAACUGACUGUUGCCCUUUAUUUAUGCA